AACAUGUUUGUCUAUACGCUCGGCCUAUUUGCGGUGGUUAUUUUCCUCGGCCUACGGUACGUUUACUCCUAUUGGGAUCGUCAUGGCCUGCCGAACCUGAAACCAGAAAUUCCGUUCGGCAACCUCCGAAAGCUCGCGGAGAAAAAGGAAUCAUUCGGGGUGGCGGUAAACGAACUGUACCAGAGGACAACGGGUCAGCUUGUCGGUGUGUAUCUGUUCUUCCGCCCGGCCAUCCUUAUCCGUGAUCCUCACCUGGCGAAGCGGAUAAUGGGGACCGACUUCCAGCACUUCCACGAUCGUGGUGUCUUCUGUGACGAGCAGAAAGAUCCCAUGUCGGCACACCUGUUUGCAUUGCCUGGGCAGAAAUGGAAACAGCUGCGGGGAAAGCUGACCCCCACAUUCACCUCAGGACAACUGCGCCACAUGAUGCCGACGUUCUUGGACGUAAGCAGUAAACUGCAGUGCUAUCUGGAGGAGCUAGUUGGGGAGGGAAAAAUCGUCGACAUGCGUGACAUCAGCGCACGCUACGUGCUGGACGUGAUCGCGUCCGUUUUCUUCGGCUUCGAAGCGAAUUGCAUCCGCAACCCCGAUGAUCCGUUUCGCGAUGCCCUUCGCGAUCUUAACAAUCCGGACAGUUUCGUGAACAAUAUUCGAAAUGCGGCCGUGUUCAUCUGCCCGGGGUUGUUGAAAUUGACGGGACUUAAUUCAUUGCCGCCUACGAUGCACAAGUUUGCGACCGACGUAGUCGCGUACCAUCUUAACCAACGCGAACAGACCCAGACUAGCCGCAAAGACUUCAUCCAGCUGCUAAUCGAUCUGCGCCGUGAAGCCGGAAGCAAGGGCGAAGAGCCGAUGUCGAUUGAGCAGUGUGCGGCCAAUGUGUUUCUGUUCUACGCCGCAGGAGUGGACACCUCCACCGGGGUGAUCUCAUACACACUCCAUGAGUUCACCCACAAUCCGGAAGUGAUGGCAAAGGCUAGGCAAGAGAUCGAUGAGACACUGGAGCGCCAUGGCGGUAAGAUCACGUACGAAAACAUCAUGGAGCUGAAGUAUCUCGAUCUGUGCAUCAAGGAAACGCUUCGGAAAUAUCCCGGUUUGCCGAUCCUCAAUCGCGAGUGCACUCAAGACUAUCGAGUUCCAGAUAGUGAUGUUGUCAUUCGAAAAGGAAUGCAAAUGGUUAUUCCUUUGCUCGCAAUAAGUAUGAACGAGAAAUACUUCCCGGAUCCAGAGCUGUACUCCCCAGAACGGUUCGAUGAGAGUACGAUAAACCAUGAUUCAGACGCUUAUUAUCCCUUCGGAGUAGGACCACGUAAUUGCAUUGGUCUUCGGCAGGGUAUUCUGUUGUCGAAAAUAGCUCUAGCACUUAUGCUUUCCAAGUUUAACUUCCACGCAACAAAUCCCCAGAAAGUGCUUUUUGAAGCGGUAUCCAUUUCGCUUGCUCCCAAAGGUGGGCUUCCGAUGAGGAUCGAGUUACGGGAGGAUAAAAUGAAAUAAUCUGUGAUAUAGCGGGUGGAGGAAUGGUUACUAAGGUUGUCUUAUAUGAAAUUGCUAUCUUGAAACGUUAGUUAAUAGAAACUAUAAUGUCUAUAAGCAAGAUGAAAUUGAAAGGGUUUCAACGAACAGCGUAUGUACAAUAAAACAGAUAAUGUUAAAA